GGAAAAAGUAUGUGAUAUAAAAGAAGAUGGAAGUUUCUAGGAACAGUACAUUGAUCAAACGUCGUUGUGAUGCUUUUAUUUGAUAGAAAUUGUAGGGUUGUUGUGAUUCGUGAAUUGUAAUUCUGAAUGGUUAUAAAAAUGUCUUUGCCUGCCAAAUUUGUAAAUACGGUGUUCUUAUAAGUAAAAGUACUAGUGAAACCAAUUUAAGACAAUUAGGUGGUAAUAUUUAUUGAAUAUUUAGUGUAUGAACUAUAAUCUUCAUAAAUAUGUGUAUAAACCAAAGUGGUUGAUGAAUUGUUAAAAUAAUAGAAGAAAACUUGUGAAUUUAGUAAUGUAAAUUUUGGAAUCAAAAUGGCUGAUUCUUAUUAUCAGGGAGACUACAUCAGACAUCCAGUAAUAUAUGAAUUAUCUCAUAAAUAUGGUUUGCCAACUGAAAACCUUAUUGAAUCACAACUACCAAGUAAGCUUGAAGAGUUGAAAGAAAUUAUAAGGCGUGAAAUUAGAAAAGAAUUGAAGAUAAAGGAAGGUGCGGAGAAAUUGAGAGGAGUUUCUACGGAUCGCAAGUCUCUUAGUCAUGUUGCCACAAUUGUCAAAAAUUCUAAUUUUAAAUUGACUGAACUGAAAAAUGAGCUCAGCGAACUUGAAUCGCAAAUUAUUCUGUCCCAGGGACAAAGUACACCUUCAUUAGUAACUUCCAAUGGAGAUUCACUGAGUUUUUCUUCUUUGGCAAAUCACAAUAUGGAUAAAUGCAACGCAAACCUAUUUAGUCGCAUAGAAAAUCUUGAAAAACAAUUAAACAUAGAAUUAAAAGUAAAACAGGGAGCUGAAAAUAUGAUCCAAAGCAUCACAGGUAGAGACAAAAAAUUAUUAUGGGAAGCUCAGCAAAUGUUGCAAGAUUCAAAGAAGAAGAUAGAAUAUCUGAAAAUGAAGAUAACAAAGUUAAAACAUGAUAUAGACUCCAAGUCGCGUGGUUCAAUACAGGAUUUAACAGAUAAUGGUGAUUUAUCUCAUGGUGAAUUGGAACCAUUAUUAGAUGAUAGAAUAGAAGCUUUAAAACAUAGAUUGCGAGUAGAGGCCGCUGUAGUAGAAGGUGCCAAAAAUGUGAUCAAAUUAUUACAAAACAAUAAUAAAGAUAAAAAUGAAAAAAAGGCGCUUCUUGAGGCACAAGAAAGCUUAAGAGCUAGCAGUAUGAAACUUGACCUUUUGAAAAAAUCGUUAGAGAUGCGAAAAUCUGAAUUACCGGAAGAUUCCCCAGUGGCAUUACAUUUAAAAGAAGAACUUGCAAAUGCUCAAUCUUGCAGUCCAAUGACGAUGCACUACACCAGCUUACAACCGUUUAGAGUAGGAUCUGAUGCCAACAGACAUUUUGCCUCAACUUCAAUGCUCAACAGAUGUGCUGCUGUAACAGGAACAUUGGAAGUGCGAUUGAUGGGAUGCCAAGAUUUGCUGGAAGAAGUUCCUGGUCGACCAAAGAAAGAAUCCGACGGUAGUUCGAGUCCUAUGGAUUUCAGUUUUUUCAAAAAAACAAAAAGUUACAGUGUGAAGGAAGAAGUAAGUGAUGAUAUUAUGGCCAUUUUAAAACUUGACAACACUACAGUAGGGCAAACGAGUUGGAGGCCGUGCUCGCAACAGGCAUGGGAUCAGAGGUUUUCCAUUGAAUUGGAUAAAUCUCGGGAAUUGGAAAUCGGAAUUUAUUGGAGAGAUUAUAGAUCGUUAUGUGCAGUAAAAUUUUUGAAACUUGAAGAUUUUAUAGAUGAUGAGAGGCAUGGAAUGGCAUUACAUUUGGAACCACAGGGAUUACUUUUUGCAGAGAUAAAGUUUUUGAAUCCAAUGAUAUCGAAAAGACCAAAACUGCAAAGACAAAAAAGAAUUUUCAAACAAGUAAUGCCUCGAGCCAAGCAAAUGAACAUUAACAUAGUAACAUGGGGGAGAUGGAUGAAACAAUCAUCAAGGAUGCCCAGUCGACAGAAUCUUGUAUUGAGUUCAACUGAAAAUGUAGCCGAUGACACAGUAGUGGAAGAUAAACCUGAAACACCCGGAGAAGCUCCCGAUCCACAAGCUGCUGGUUUGGGUGGUCAGAGACCUCUUGGAUUACACAUUGAUUUGCCUCCACCUUCAGAACCAAUGUCGCCUCCUUCACCAUCUAUGCCGCCUCCAGUUGCAAAGAAAAGAAUGUCUGUUACACCGCCCCCCGUUCCUCCCAGACUUGAUCCUGAAAGUGUUGCAGCAUUAAAAGAAUUCGACUUUUUGGAGGAACAGGAGAUUUCUCGACCUGGACCUCUUAUUAUUCCUUCGAUACCAACCACGCCUAUAAUAUCCCCGGAUCAUUUGGUAAACCCUAGUCCUCAGCCUGUUAUAGAAUUUCCAGAUGAUGAGCCUGUUUAUGAUGUUGCCAAUAUAGUUCGUAGACCAGCAGCCAGAGAAUUGAAUUAUAGAGACAGUGCAUAUGAAUCCAAGAGACAUUCUCAAUCCACUGGUUUGAAUAUUGAUAAUUUCAGAUUAAUCAGCGUUUUAGGUAGAGGUCACUUCGGUAAAGUCAUUCUGUCACAAUAUAGAAACACAGGUGAAUAUUUUGCUAUAAAAGCUUUGAAAAAAGGUGAUAUUAUAGCUAGGGACGAAGUAGAAUCGUUACUAUCGGAAAAAAGAAUUUUUGAAGUAGCCAAUUGUAUAAGACAUCCCUUUUUGGUAAAUCUAUUCGCUUGUUUCCAAACCGAUGCCCACGUGUGUUUUGUAAUGGAAUAUGCAGCUGGUGGUGAUUUGAUGAUGCACAUUCAUGCUGACGUUUUCAAUGAACCCAGAGCAGUAUUUUAUGCAGCCUGUGUAGUACUAGGUUUGCAAUACCUUCACGAGAAUAAGAUUAUCUACAGGGACUUGAAAUUAGAUAACUUAUUAUUGGAUACAGAAGGUUAUGUAAAAAUAGCAGAUUUCGGAUUGUGCAAAGAAGGUAUGGGCUUCGGCGAUAGAACUGGUACAUUCUGUGGCACACCCGAAUUUUUAGCACCAGAAGUAUUGACAGAAACAUCAUACACUAGGGCCGUUGAUUGGUGGGGUUUGGGAGUAUUAAUAUUUGAGAUGUUGGUUGGAGAAUCACCUUUCCCUGGUGAUGAUGAAGAGGAAGUUUUUGAUUCUAUAGUAAAUGAUGAAGUACGGUAUCCUAGGUUUUUGUCAUUGGAAGCAAUUGCUAUUAUGAGAAGAUUACUGCGUAAGAGUCCUGACAGGAGGUUAGGUUCAAGUGAAAGAGAUGCAGAAGAUGUAAAGAAACAGGCUUUCUUUAGGCAUAUUCAGUGGGAAGAACUUUUGCAUAGGAGAGUACCGCCACCUUUUGUUCCUACUGUACAUUCAAUGGAAGACGUGAGCAAUUUUGAUGAAGAAUUCACAUCUGAAAGGCCCCAGCUAACACCGCCAAAAGAACCUAGACAACUUUCAAAUCAAGAUCAAGUUCUUUUCAGAGAUUUUACUUACAUGGCAGAUUGGUGCUGACAAUAACAUUAGCAUUGAAAAUAAUUUUGUGCGAUUUUUUUAUAUUUACUGAAUCGAUUUGCUACGAAGUAUCUUUAUAUUAACCAGUUAUAUAUAUAUUUAUAUUAUAUUUUAACUAAAGACUCCGAAUAGUUAGUAGUAGUAAUUGUGUUAAAAACAUGUAUAUUUUAUAUAGUCCAGGCGCUGGUCGUAAUAUAAUAUAAAAAUUAAAGUAGAUGAAUUAAUGUUUUACAUUUUAAAGGGAAAAACUUGGUACCGGGUACAGUCAUGUCAGCUGUCAUUACGACAUCUUAAUAUGUUUAGCUUGUUUUCAUAUACUCUGGAAAUACUAACCAAAAAAAUAUCAAUAUUAUAAUUAAAUUCGAGAAAAUGAUAUUUUGUACAAUUUGUGGACACUCUGUAUAUCAAAUAUAAAUUGAUUGGUAAUUUCUGGAACUAUUUGUGAUAUUCACACUAUUUACUAUAAUUACACUACAUUAUCACUCAUAAUUAUCUGAAUAAUAAGAAAAUUAUUGUCAUCAGAUGAUAAAAUCUCUGAAGAUAUUUUUUUUAUUGAAACGCGCAUUGUGAAAAGGUGUCUUCAGUAGAACUUAAAUUUGUAAAGAUUUUGAGUAUACAGGCCUGGAUUGUAAAUUUUAUGCAUUCAAUAAUAUUUUGAUAACACAGAGAUCUCGUUUUGAAGAGAUACAUUAUGUUUCAUUGUAAAAUUUCUGAAACAUUAUGAAAAAUAGUAGGGUCACAACCUAAAUCAAUACUUUUAUAUAUUCACAUAAUUAUUUAUGUUAAGGUAUGAUAAAUACAGUUGACUCUCGGAAAAGUUGAAACUCAGGGCACCAGGAAAAAAAUCCAAAUUACCAAGAAUUUGAUCAAGUUUCAAGAUUUAUUAUUAUAAACAUUUGUACUAUUAAUCUCAAAGAAUUAGUAUAUAAUUUUUUAUUAGUAACCUUCUUCAGCCCCCGUUCAAUGAAUUUUCGAAUGUGAUGAGGGAUGUAAAGAAGUUGGUGCUUGCAUCUGUUGUUGAGGCGUUAAAGCGUGGGUUUUUCUCGGUGUGUGGUUGUUCCUAUUCGAUUUUUUCCUCAUCUCCUUAAUUCAGAGGGACCAAAUCGAACAGUUCGGUUUUAGUUGGGGCAUUAUGAACACUGAUGUCAUCUUCAACAUGAAAAAAGUCUACAGUUUGAUCCAGAAUUCGCAAUUGUUGGCAUUUCUAAUUCUGUUUUACGUUUUUGGCUUAAAUAAAACAUACCUCUUAAGAAAAUAUGAAUGGUGGUGGGGUUGACUGUUUUUCCCAGCUUUAUCAGUGACGUUUAUAGCUGUCAUAUCGGAAAUGUUUACCUUUUUAAUCCACAAGAGAUGCAAUUAAUUUUCUUUAGAAUGUUAUCCACAUUUUGAAUUAUGUCUAAAGCUUGCAAUUUUCAUUGUACUAAGGUCAGCCGAUUACUAAGUAAAUCUAGCUUACAAUCCCCUUUGAAUGACAGGUUCAACCUCUAAUUUUUCAAAUGGAAAGUAUAUACUCCUAAUAUAUCAAUUAAAAGGUUCAUUUUUUAUAGUUUUAAGGGUCUGUUUAUUCCCUAUUAAAAAUUUUUAGGUUAGAAUCAAAUGCAAAAUGUGAAACACUAAAAAUAAUUAUGAAUCUCAUUGAAAAAACUUUUGAGGGUGUUCCUUCAGUUCUUCUCAUCCAUUGAGGAUUUUCUGUUGACAAUUAGUAUGAUUAUAAAGUGUAAAAGUACACUCAUCAGAAAACAUAACAUCUUCUUAUUGGAUGAUAAUAUAAUAUUGCUAUGCAACAUGCCCAUAACUCUCUCACAAAAAUAGGUUUUUAUCUCCAUAAGCUCCCUAGUAAGUUCCAUUGUAAUAAAAUGCAUUUUAUUUAUUAUGGCCAACAUUGAAUAUGUCUACUAGAUAUAUGAGAGUUUUUCUCGAAAUCAAGCAUCGCAUUUAAUUUGAUUUCAUAAUUCAGUGCAUUGAUAAUUUUUUUCUUUGGGAUAUAGCUUCUUUGGUCGUGAUUUUCGUGCGGAAAGCUAGGUAUUCCAGUCUGUCUAAUUCGGCCACUGGUCCUGUAUUCCUCCAUGUCUUCGUACUGCAGCUCAAACGGGUCACAACCACACUUCUGUAAAUACUUCAUCAAACAAUAAUCACUAGCAGUGCUCCGGUAUAUCCUCUCUCUUCGAAACGCAUCAACAACAUGACCGACGCCUUGUUGUGAUGACUGCUCAAUUUAUUUGACAUUUACACACUAUAAAUCAAGAAUUUAACGAUGACAACGAGUGAUUCCAAAAGCGAAAAGUAUUUCAAAUUAUCGAGAAGACCAAACAAUAUUGAUAUCAUUCAAUUUAUCGAGUAUUAUGCAUGAGAAAAUUAAAAAAAAAAAUCAAAUAUUCCAGAAAUGAAAUUAACGCGUUUUGACUAAUCGAAAGUCAACUAUUUUCAACAGCUCUUACAACAGCGUAAUAUUUGGAUAAGGUUGUGCCAAAUUCAACUAGAGUUUCAUUGAGGAAAUUAGUAUCAUUUGUGAAGACUAAAACUAAUUUAUUGAUACUAUUUAGAUACACUGAAUCGUUUCAUGACUGUAAAAGUACCUGCUCACACAGGGGAUUUCAAUAUUAAGUUUGUCUUGUGAGAAUAUUUUUUUUUGAUUUGAUAGAAAAUUUUAUACUUUGGCUGAUUUUUUAAUUUUACAGUGUGUUGAUUACUGAAGUAAUUCUAUUAGCACUUAAUAUCAACAUUAAGCGAUAUCUUCAAUAUGUUCCCAUAAGAGUAAAACAAUUAAUAAUAAAAUAAAUUGGCGUAUUGCAUCAUUUAUCUUGUUUUUCAUAUCUAUACAUUUGAUUCAUUUGUUUAAAAUAAUUUAAUGUGAAGUAUUGCAUUUAAUAUGAAGUUCAAGUAAAUUCAUAAAUGUUACUAGUCCUAAAAGUUUAGGUUUUAAGGUUCAGAUUGUAACUCUAUUUAAAUAAUAGAUUAUUAAUUACAUCUCCAAUUUUAUCUAUUUUAUAUUUGAUGGAUAUAUUGAAUAUUUCGAUUUUUGUAUCACAUUUUUUGAAUAGACAGUUACAGCUUGAAGGCUGCUUGGGGGAGGAUAUUUGCUAGUGCCUAAUGCCUUUGACCAGUUUAUAUUUCUCAGUUAUAUUAGUAUGAAAUUUUUACUGUUUUAUUUUUUCUAACUCCAUUUUUGAAUUGAUUUCAAUGUACUGAUACCCUGUGGAUCUGACUAUUAUUAUUAAUUUUUUUUGUGUAUACAUAUUUGUGCAGUUAUGUUCAUGACACGAUUUAGAUAUGUACAUGUAUGUUGUUAAUGUUCACUCCAUUUUAGUAACAAGCAAAAAGAGAAUUUAAAAACUGUUGUAGAUAAGAAAGUAAGGAUAAAAUCCUAUUUUUAUAUUGUCAAAGUGUAAAUGUUGUACACUCUAAAAAUAGUUACAUAAAAUCAAAUCAAAUUAAAGUUUAAAUUAAUUUUACGAUUUUAAUAUGACAUUGUUUCUAUUUUUUAAGAUCCUUUCAAUAUAUGGCAGCAAGAAAAUUUAUCUAUCGGCUCUCCAAUCAUUAACUAAUUCCUUAAAUGUUACACAUUAAAAAUGGCUGUUGCCUAUAAAAAUUUUUAUAUAACUUGAAAACAAUAAGUCUAUAAAUUCUUAGAUUACUUUAAACAUAUUACGAUUUUUGGUCACCAGUGCUUACACGUUAUAAAUUAAAUAUUUUUUAGGUAAGCGUUUAUGUGCCCCUUUUAUAUAAAACGUUUGCGGUUUGAAACAACAAUUUAGGCUUCUGUAACGUUCCAAUUUUAUUAAAAAUUAUAUUACAAUCAGAAGGCGUAUGCUCUUCUCUAAAAUUCGACUCGGCCAAACAAUGUCAUACUUUCAAUAAGGACAUUAACAAAGUAGCUUUGAUCGAUUAUAUACCCAUAAUCCAGUGCCUUGCAUUUGUAAAGUAUGUCUUGCCACCUUUACUUCAAUGUUGCAACUCUUUUAGGUUCUUGUUAUAAUUGUAAUUUUUAUACUUUUCCAAUUCUGAGGCUUUUCAAUCAUUGACAGCUUUUUAAAUUAUUUUUUAUGAAAAAUAUUAGUAUGGGGUUUGUUUUUGUCCCAUAACUUAAAAAUAAUUAUUACCAUUGACAUUCGCCUUUGUGAAUACAGAAAAUAGUAAAGUGUUUAUAAUUGACCUAACUGAUUACUGAUAACUGAUCUUUCUCGUAUUGUACUAAUUUUGAGAAGCAUAAUUGUUGCCAAACAACUAGCGUAUUUCGAUUUUUUGUAGCGCUAGUAAUUUUUAAUUUCUUACAAUAUCAGCAGUAGGAAAUUUUAUUUGUUUAAAGAAAAAAAAAAUAUGUAUAAAAUUGGUUGUGAAUUUUUGUAAUACUUUGUAAGACCUAAUAGUAUUUGAAAAUUUGACAGAACACAUCAUUACCAUCCGACAGUAUUCUUGCACAUUCGAGUGCCAAAAAGGUUUUAUUCCUUUUGUAAAAAAUAAAAUAUAUUCUCUUAGUGUUAGAAAAUAUUCUAGUUCUAAAUUGGAAAACAAGCAAAAAGUUUGUGAAAAUACUUGAGAAAGAUCAUUUGAAAAAUGUAUUCAAACCGUUUUUCGAUACAAAAAAUGCAAAAGAAUAUUUAAAAAAAGUGCAAGUCUCUUGAAACUGUGUUUUCAUUUUUUAUAAUUAGACCUUUUUCAAUAAGCAAGGUUCCCAAUUGAUAAUUGAACCCUAUUUCCACAACAAAGAUUAUUUUUUAGUUGAAAUAUCUUCAUGUUUGAUUUGAAAACAAAGAACAAAUAUGAAUAAUAAUCCUCUAGUACAUAUUAUGAAACAAGUAUACAACUGAUUUUUGAUAUGAAAAAUUAAAUUUUUUUAAAUAGAUCUGGAACUGCAUCCAGUCGAUUUACGUACUUGAUUUUGUUUUAAGCAUAUGUUAAAAAACCAGCUUCGCAUCAAAAGCAGAAGUACGAUAGCUUUCUCAACAACUGCAUCCAUUUUUUAGAGAAAAUAAAUUCUAAUACUCUGACAUAGUUAGAAUUGAUGAUUUGAUGUGAUUUAAUAAUGGAUUCUGUACUCAGUGGAUGUUCUGUAAGUUUUCCAGGAAAUAGUCUCAAAUUAUAUCCCCUUUUUUUUAUGAUGAUGAUGAUGAGUCUCAAAUAUUUUUUCAAGGCUUAUCAAAUGCUUAUGCCUAUGACUCAGAUGUGGAAUAAAACAUAAAUUCCACAUCUGAGUCAAUUGAAAAGCAAAAGAUGAGAUAGAUUAUCAAUUUCUUUUGGUUCAACACAUUCGAAUUGCGUUUUUUAAAGAAAUUUUGGUCUUUUGGUCUUUUCUUAAGGUCACUUAAACAGAUUAAGAAAUUUUGUCGUUUACUUUAAUUGAAUAUUGUUAAGUGAAACUGGUGGACACUGGUCUUUUCUCAAGGUCACUUAUACAGAUUUCUAGAAUACUACAAGAAUAAUAGUAUCACCUGCAAAGGUAUCAAUGAUAAUUUCAUUAUUAUGUGGUAGGUCUGCUGUAUGUAGCACGUACAAUAACGGCUCAAGAACGCAGCCUUGAAUGAAGGACGCCAGAUUUUAUUUUAAAAUUAUUGGAAACAAUUUUUUUUCACUCUUCUUCGAAUUUCUCUGACGCUCAGAUAUGAUUUUAAUAAUUCUAGGGAGGUAAUGUGACAUAUUUCUUGUUUUUGAAAUCCCAGUGUUGUGUGUAUUGUGUGUCAAACUUUGUCAAAGGGUUGGCUAACAUCCAAGAAGCAGCGAUGCUCCAUUUAUUGUUACAAAUUAAUCAAUACUAUUGUUCUAUUUUUAUUUCUUCCACACUGAAUACACAUUUCUCUCGUUUUAUUAGUUUUAACUCUUCAUUGAGUCUAAAUGGACGAAUAAACUAAUGUAUGUUUUAAAAUAAAAUUAGGAAUAAUAGAUGUGGCUUCAUUAGAUUGGAAAGAUACAUUUUAAAAAUAUUAUUUGACUUUAACCAACUGCACGGGUUGCUUUAUGAUUACUAUUUGAAUUCAUAUCAGCAGUAUUUAGUAAUUGGUGACAAAUUACCAAAAGUCAGCGUUUUGUACGUUUUCAUACCGUGUAUUUACCGCAUUUGAUCGAUGGUAUUCACUCCUCCCUCCGUGGAUUAAUAGAAUACAACGAUUUCCGGGUGAGAAUUAUAUUCAGAAUGCCUUGUGCAAAGUAAAAUUGGUCUUGUCAGUGAAUGCAAACAUAUAUGUUUAUGAGUCUUCUUUUAUUUGGUAAUAAAUCGGAGAGAAUUUCCUUCUCAAUCUGUCUGAGUGUUUCUUCAAACGUGAGAUGUCGAAGCUAGUGAAUAAUUAGUGUACCAAUUGUCAGUUGUUGAAUUUCUGUUUUUAUGUUUAAUAGGCUCUGAUAAUUGAAGAGCAAUAUCUGUGUAAGAAUUUAAUAAUUCUUUCUUCCUGCAGGUUACUUGCAACAGUAAACUUCAAAAUUGGAAACCUUAAACAUUUUCAUAUCUUUAUACUAUAUUUUGCCGGUGUGUUUGGGAUGUACUGCAAGGAGCCAGUAUCUCGUCAAUUGUCGUGUUCUUAAUCAAAUAUAUCCAAAAUGUCUCUUUACCCACUAUACCUAAAAUUACCGAAUAAAUCAAUUGUAUGUGUUCCAAAUAUUAGUUAAUUCACAAAAAAGUCAUGAACACAAAAGAACUUUCACUAGAUCAUUUUGAUCUCGCCUUACGUAGCGUAUAGACUUGCGGAGUUUAUAUUUUGAACGUAUGAAUCAGGAUCUUUAUUCGCCAAUUCUUUUAACAAUGAGUCUAAAGUUCCGAACGAUGAAAUCAUUUCCUCGACGCGCAAGUUCGUUUGACAACAUAACCUAUAAUUGCGAAAUUGUUUAAUAUUGAUAAUUUCUGGGUUCUCGUUGAUUUAGAUUAAUAAAAUUUAUUUUUUGUUUAAUAAAUCUAGAUGAAACGAUAAAUAAUUUCAUUAAUCCUGGUAUACUUAUAAUUAAUAUGAUAAUUUUAAGAUACUAACCUUUAUACUAGAAGCAAAAGCAAUUAUUAUAUAUAUUUUAUUCAAUUAUAAUAAAUAACGCUGAUACAUUUGAAUUGUUUUUAAUUUGGAACAACUAAAGAUCUAAUGGUAUUUUAUACCUCGGAUAUUUCCUAUUAUAAGUAUCUAAGAGUAGUUUUAGUAACAUAAAUUUAUUCAAAUUACUAUUGAAAAUGCUAAAGUACAACGUUUAACUCUAAAACAAUAUAAUUUAAUAUUGUUUUUAUUUAUUUAAUAAAAUGUAAUCCUAAAUGUAAUAAUUGUUAUUAUUUCAAAUAUUUUUUGGUCAGAUGAUUAUGUAUCUAUUUCUUCUAAUUAGUCAUCUUAGGCAAUUUUGAUCUCUCGUUGAAAUCAUCACAAAUAUUUCUUCACAUUUUUAAAUAGUUUUUUUAAACAACCAAUCACUUUUGAGUAAUGUAAGAAGCACAUUCGAAAAGUAAGAUCUACAUUGAUAUUUUACAAUCAAUUAUAGUAAAAAUUUUUAAAAAAAAUAUAAAAUAGACAAAUGUACCCUUACAUUUUAAGUUACUCAAAUGGCAAAAUGUUUUUAAGGAUUUUAUGAUUCAUAUGUAUUCAAUCGUAGGACAUUUUUAUAUGAGUAUGUGUACACAAUAUUUAAGUUAGUGGCUUAUGACAAACUUCUUCAAUAUUAAUAUCAACAAAAAAUAUUUUAAUUCUUUGAUUGCUUUACAGUAAGACCCCGCUUAAUGCGUGGUAUACGUUCCAUGAAAGUAGAGGCUAUGUAAAUAAUGAGGUUUGGGGAAGACGGACAGAAAAUAAAAACAAAUAAAAUUCUAAGUCAAUCAGAUCAUUCAGUCUAUUCUGUGUUUCCAAUUUUCUGCCUUUUCUUUCUCGCCGGAUCCUUGAUAUUACAUAUUUCAUGUACUUCUUCUCAUCUUGAAACCAAUCUAAAAUAUAGGAAUAAUACGAGGGUCUUUUUUCUCAAUCUCCGAUCGCUCUGUGCAGACGCUACGCGGGUAGAACAAAGCGAGGAUGCGCUGUAGGCAACUGCGAAGCUCUCGCACUACACAUUCGAACAUUGUUAAUAUUCAGGCGUCUGUCGACGUUGUGCUAUAGCCAAGUAAACAUGUCCGCCAUUAUUGAUGCUUCCGCCAAGGGUGAAGUUGAGAAGUGUGAUUCGUUUUCUACAGGCUGAAGGCCCAUUCACCAUUACUGAUUUGUCUACGGAAUUUCCAGAAGUUUCAAGGUCUGUUUUGUACUCUAUUGUUACUGAACGAUUAGGCUACAUUGGUAGCAACUUUCUUUCAAGAGGGAAUUGAAAAGCUUGUCCACAGAUAUAACAAAUGUAUAAAUCUCUUCGGCGAUUAUGUCAAAAAGUAACCGUAAGUGUACCAAUCUUUUGGUGAUAAAAUUAUUGUUUUAUAUGAACUUGUCUUCUAUUCACAGCCUAUCGGAGGUUGAAAAAAACGGCCCUCAUAUGUUCAUUAUAUUUGAUUCACAGCUUCAAAAUAUAUUUUACAAUAACUCUAAACAACGUGUGCUACUUAUGCCUAGUGUUGAUGGCGAACAGGACAGUCAAAAUAUGUUUCGUUUCCUUCACAGAGAACAUCAAAUGUCUUUAGUUCGGAUUAUAAAUUUAAAAUUUUAAUAAACCGAUCACAUAUAACAAAUUGCAUUAGCAUCAUAUUUACACUUUCGUGACUACAUUUUAAGUUUUCCUAGACUUGUAGGAAACACCUGAUUGUUUAUCACCCGAGCGUCACCUAAAGACACGUAAAUACUCUACUCUGAUCGCGCGGUAUUGUUGAAUGAAUUGAAAUUAAUUAAAAUUCAUAAAACAAUCCUAAAAUAAGUAUUAUAACUAUAACAAUAAAGCAAACUUCAUACCGAUUUGUAUUCUUUUUUGUGCAUGAUCAACUGAAAAAUCAUAAAAUGAACUUAGGACAUCUAUUUAUUUUUUAAAAAUAAUAAGAUAAUUUUUAAGGUUGGUUAUGUUGAAGUAAGACUAUAUUAUGGUUGUUUUGAUAUAGGAAAAAGGCCAUAAACUACGCUCAGUACUAUCUGUAACUUCCUUAGCGACCAGAUCUGCUUCUUCAUUUAAUUUAAUUCCAACAUAUGAGAAAAUUUUCCAUCAAACUUUUUUUAUAUUGGCUUGUAUAUGUUGUAUUUUUUGCUUAAUUUUAACUACCAAUUGAUUCGAGGUGUAAAUUGUUUGGCUAGUUUGUAUUAAGCUAAAAGAAUCUGUGAGUAUAAGGUAAUUAGAUUUAUUAUAAUUCAGCAGAAAAGGCAUAUGAGGUUGAAGAAUCUCUAAACAAAUAUUUAGUGGCUCAUUUGUUAAGAGUAAAGAAAAACGAAUAAGUAGAGAAACAGCUAUAAAAGAAAAAUAUAGUGAGAUACACAAAAACUCAACUCAAAGAAUAACGCAAUGGACUCCAUUGUGGCCAAGGAGGAAAGGCAGGCCGAGAAAGACUUGCGAAAACGAAAUAGAGGAGGACAUAAGAACACUUAAUAUAGAGAACUGGAGGCUAAAAUUCCGGAACCGAAACAAAUGGAAAAUAAUAACAAAAGCAGCUAAGACAAAUGAUAAAUUAUAAAGAAAAUAAAAAUUGAAAACGAGGAGUAAUCCACCUCAGAAAAAGAUUUUAAAGCGUUAUAAACGAUUGCCAUAAUCCAAAGAAUUAAAAGGCUUGAUGAUGAUAUUAAUAGCGACAUAUGUACAGUCUUGAUCAUUGGAUGCAUGGCUGUUAAUAUUUCCAAAAUUUUAACCAUGUCAACCACAUUUUAAUAUUUUGAUAGUUGUAAAUUGUAUUAUUUAUCUUCGUAUAUUGAUCUGCCAAGCAAUAAAAUCUUUCUUAACAAAGUUCGAACUACUGAUUAUCCUAAAAAAUUAAUUCAAUCGCUAAAAUAACGUCGUGAUGAAUCAGUAAAUGACAAUUUUGUUAUAAGAGGACAAACUUAGAUUAUAUAAGCUAAUGGUUCUUACUUUUCGAAUAUACCACUUGAUUAUAUAUGAUGAUCAAAUUAACGUUCUUAUGCAUUUGCUUCAUUGAUUUUAUUUGUUGUUCAAGUGAUUGAAGAGUAUUCUUUGAUCAUUUAUGACAAAGUGGACAAACUUUCAUUUUACCUAUUUUAAUAAUCAUGAGACUAAUUGACUUUCACAUGAAAAUUUAAAAAUGCCAUUUCAAUUAGCAAUUAUAUACAUUAUUAAUUACGUUUAUUGUUUUCAGUUGCAAGUGUGUACAAUUUAUAUAAUUCUUUUGAUACUAUGUUUCAUGAUGUUAUAUCAGUAGUUGUAAGAGGUGGAAUUGAUGAAUUGAAACUAAUUGAAUAACAAUAUUUAUUUUUGCAUAUCAUAUUUAAUUUUUAUAUAGAUAUAUGUAAAUAAAUACAUAUGUAAAGUUUAAA